UCGAUUGUUGCCAACGUGAAUCACAAUUUACACAGAGAGCAAGCUCACAAGACGAAGUGCGUGUGACGUUGAGAUAGUUUCGUUUAUUAGUCGCACAAAUCUCACACAAAAUUUAAUCUCUACCCCAACACAAUGGCCGAUGAUGAAUUCGACGGAGAUGAGGUUGUCGAUGACUUUGACGACGUUGAUGAUGACGAUAAUAUCGAAUUAGAGCAGCAAGAAGAAGAUGGGGAAAAUAUCGAACUGUUAGCCGCUGGGGAUGCUCAGGGUAGUGUACAAAAGUCUAAGAGAAUCACAACAAGAUACAUGACGAAGUAUGAAAGAGCGAGAGUAUUGGGUACACGGGCACUACAGAUAGCCAUGUGCGCACCUGUGAUGGUGGAACUGGAGGGUGAAACCGACCCUCUGCAAAUAGCCAUGAAGGAGCUAAAGCAACGUAAAAUUCCAAUCGUCAUUCGACGGUACUUACCUGACAACAGUUACGAAGAUUGGGGAAUUGACGAACUAAUUAUUAUAGACCACUAAAUAAUUAUUCAAAUAUUUAUUUCCGUUCAUGCUCCCUAGCUACCCUUUUCGACCUUCAUGUUGUCCGAAUAUGAAGACUACAAUAAUUGGUAAUUUCAAUUAAUGCAAAACUUUUUCUAAUAAAAAUUAUGAAACUUGUUUCUUCGCAAG